GCGUGGAGGAGGCUUGUCACGAUCACAGCUCGGAGAGAAGUGGGUUAGUGGCCGUGAGAGGGAGAUCUGGGCACGUCGCCGUGAACGUGCGGCGCUGGUUGCUGGUUACUUAGCCGACUACUCACGGGGCCGCGUUUCCGCAACAGCAUCGCGACAGUUGUUUGCUGCUGCUGCUGUUGCUGCUUCACUCGCUAACCAACUCACUCCGCCGCCGCCGUCGUCGUCGUCACGAUAUCCCUACGCACGCUGAACGCGACUAGAGGACGAGGUCUAACUCGAGACGUAGCUGUGAGCAAUCACGUCGCUUCUACAACGUGGGGGGACAAGACUUGAAGCGACCAUGCUGUGGAAACUUACCGAUAGAAUGAAGUACGACGAGGUGUACGAGGACCGGCACGAGGUGCCGAGCGGCCACGGAGCCAGCCGACUCACGCAGCUCGGAGCCAUCAGCCAGUCGCCGUACCAGGCGCCGCCGCUGUCCCACACUCCCAACCCGGAGUUCCAGCCUCCCUACUUCCCGCCUCCCUACCAGCCGCUUCCCUACCACCAGUCGCAGGACCCUUACUCGCACGUGGCCGACCCCUACCUGAACGUCCUCCACCAGCAGCAACAGAGCCCCUGGCAGCAGCGGCAUGGGGGUGACAUGCGCGGAGACUCGGGGCUCUUGGCUCAGCACCGCGGGCUGCCGCAGCUCACCGCCGGUCUGGAGCCGCAUCGGCGCGGCGACUUCCCGUCGGUGCGGCGGCCCGAAGCGCUGCACGGAGGGCAGUCGAUGGAGUCCGGCCUCGACGGCCUGCAGCUCGCCGGAUUAGGGCACCACAGCAUCGACGAGGUGCAGGUUGACGAUCCGAAUAACAUAAACAUUAUGGAGCCGUCAGUCAUUAAGAAAGUGCCCUGCGCAUCGCAAAGGGACAGUUGGUACCCAAUUGUUUUAAGCGCCUGGGUGCAGAGCGCCGGCACCGGGGACUCGAAACCCCGACCUACCGAGUACAGCCCGGACACUCUAACCUCAAGGUCAUUAGCGUCCGUGGCGUCGGGCAAACCCUACGGGGGAGUGCCCGCGGGGCUGGUGUCCAGCAAGGACGGCCUCAUGAACCCCAGCAUCUCCAACCCCAACGAGAUCUUCUGCUCGGUGCCCGGUCGCCUCUCGCUGCUCAGCUCCACGUCCAAGUACAAAGUCACCGUGGGCGAGGUGCAGCGGCGCUUGUCUCCUCCCGAGUGCCUCAACGCGUCCCUCCUGGGCGGAGUGCUGCGCAGGGCAAAGUCGAAGAACGGCGGAAGAUCGUUACGGGAAAAAUUGGACAAAAUCGGUCUGAAUCUGCCGGCGGGGCGACGCAAGGCCGCCAACGUCACUUUGCUCACCUCCUUGGUGGAGGGAGAAGCGGUGCACCUCGCCCGGGAUUUUGGAUUUGUUUGCGAGACAGAAUUCCCCGCUAAGGCCGCGGCGGACUUUCUAAAUCGCCAGCACUCGGACCCAGGAGACCUGCACAGUCGCAAGAACAUGCUCCUGGCCACAAAGCAAAUCUGUAAAGAGUUCAUGGACCUGUUGACACAGGACCGUUCCCCGCUGGGCAACACGCGACCUCCCCCCAUCCUGGAGCCGGGCAUUCAGAGCUGCCUGACGCACUUCAGCCUCAUCACGCACGGAUUCGGCAGCCCCGCGAUCUGCGCAGCGAUGACCGCCCUGCAGAACUACUUGAACGAGGCUCUGAAGGCCAUGGACAAGAUGUACCUGAACAGCUCCAGCAACAGUCACAGUAAUGCGGAGAACUCGGGCAAAACGAGCGACAAAGACGAGAAGCACCGGAAGUGAUGAUGCUGGAGGCGGCUGGGAGGUGGAGAGGAGGUGGAGGAGGAGGAGGUGGUGGAGGAGGAGGAGGAGGAGAGUGUGGAGAAUAAAAGUCGUCGUCGCGUGUGCAAGGAGGAUAACAUAAAUAAAAACAAAGCAAGCUCUAUCCGUGACAUCGGGCAAGGAAGGACGCUCUGAAACCGGGACUCUGGACACCUUCCAGUGGCUUAAGUUUAUAGCCGCGUCGUCUCAAAUUUCGGAGAGGGGGGGGGGGGG